AUACCUCAUCACUCCCCAAAUUAAUUAUCCUAUCAUAUCUUCUUUAAUCAUGUCUGCCUUCCCCAUCUAUCACAAUCUCAACGGCGGAGCUGGCUUCCCUGGAUUGUCCUCAUACUCUGCUGAGCAGAUAUUUUCGACCCCUAUGGAUCAGCCCCUAUAUGAUCAAAAAGCUGCCGACCUCGCUGCACUGGAACAUGACUUGAUGGCUAUUUUGGGGCUUCAAUCUUUACCUGUGCCUGAGUCACUCCCAGAGAUUCGAAAAGAGUUUACUGCUGUCAUUCGAGCGAAGGUUCCUCAUCCUCGAGUUUCCCAUGCUUGCGAUCACUGCAGGCGCAGAAAAACAAAGUGUUCGGGAGAACAGCCGGUGUGUACGAGCUGUAUGAAAUCAGGCAAGGUGUGCGAGUGGACUCCUCUUAAAACCACCAAGGAGCGACGGAGUCGGAAGCCUUACGACGUUGAAUAUAAACCUCGACCUCAUGCAUCUGCACCGUCUAUCGUGGCGCCUAGAGCGACUUAUCCGAGCGUUAUGCUCCCGAAUCCGAUGACCAUUUGGUCUGUUGAAGAUGCUAUUUCUGCAUCGCAGGCGACAACGACUUCGAAUGCAUCUUCUGGCCCGAGCACGCCUCCUCCUGCUGUGAAGCAUACUGCGCAAACACUCACUGGCUGGGAUGUUCCCGCGCAGUAUGACUCGGACUAUGUCGAUUUCGAUUCUCAAUGGAUCCAAUCCUCUUGCCCAUCAUUGGGGAGCGAUGACUCGGACUCGUCUCGCGAAUCAUCGCCUUUAAAUACACCAACGCGCGCCGACUCGUCACCUAGUCCAGUACAUUUUUCUGGGGAAGAGGCAGCACAAAAUUUCGACGAUCUUGAUACUUUUUUCAAAGAUCUAUAUGGAGGUUUAUCUCCUGAUUGGUCUUCUGUUUUGCAAUGGCCUGAGAUGCCUUAGCAUCGCUGCCACGUAUUUUUGGUUCCUUUGGCGCUGGUCGUUAUCGGAAAUUCGUUCUCGUGUUACAGUAUGGACGCUUUUGCGACGCCUGUUUUUAAUGUAGC